AGUGUCAUCGUCGUCGUGUUUGGUUAUCCCUACCUUUUCCAUUCCUUCUUUUUUCUUCUUCUUUUUCUAAAUCUGCCCUCAUCCUUACUAUCUAUCUUCUCCUCCCCUCCCUUGAUCUCUUUCUGGAUUAUCUAUCUCUUUCUUAUUUUCCCGAGAGGGAUUUCUUUUCGAGUAGGGAUCGUUGAAAAUUUUCUGUCAGUCUCUCCGUCGACGGCACGGUGUUGAUAUAAUUCGUGAAGGGGGAUCUUAAACGACUGAUCCGCAAGUUGAACAAUUUCAACUUCGUUUUCAACAUUGGACGGCCCGAGUGCCGAAUAAAAUAUCAAAAUUCGGGUUAAGAAUAAAGAUCCGUUACCAUCGUACGCGAUGGAGAUGAGCGACGAUUAUCAGGACAUGGUUAAUCCAGGUGGAGGGAUGGCAAAUCUACAACCCAUGGGGGAACACCAUCAGCAAACGCCUGAAAGCUCACCGUCAAAUCAAGAGGAGGAGUUAUCGGAUCCGGAUUUGCAGGAUCAAGAAAGUGGGGAAGAGUUACCCCCACGACCAAGGGUUGCAGUUCACCCUUCGGUUUUACCAUCAAAUACAUCCGGAACUCCUUUAUCAAAUUUAAGCAACCUUAUGAACUCCCACAAUCCGCAGUUUCUCGCCAAACUGAGGAUGGAAGCGGAGGCUGAUAUAUUAACAACAAAGAACAGCUUGGAGGUGUUGCAGGCUGCUAUGAACAACGGUGUAUUGAAUUUGCAAGGGUUCCCAUUACCCAUGUUGCCAUUACCUAAUAUGGGAAUUGGUGGAAUGAUUCCACAAACGCCAUCUGUAACCACAACCUUGCCUAUGAGUGUUGGUGCAGAGGGUUGUUCUGGUACAGCAACAACUACACAAGUGUUAAAUGUACCAAUGGGUAUUGGUCACCUGGAUACAACUUCCAGCCCUUCCCGGUCAAGUGAAUCUCCAAGAUGUAGGUCAAGAAAUGGGCCAGAUUCUGCAACUAAUUAUUCACUAAACGUCAGCAGCAGUAGCAACGGUGUCAACAAUAAUAGUCAUCAUCAUCAUUCCCACAACAGUAGUACUAGUAACAACAGCAACAAUAAUAAUAACAACAAUAACAACAGUCAGAAUAAUAAUAACCAUCCUCAGAAUGGUCAGCAACCGAAUAAUUGGAACUUUGAAGAUCAAUUUAAACAGGUAGAACAAAAUAACAAUAAUAACAGAAAUGGUCUAAAUGCUAGGGAUUUAAAAAAAUUAUACGAGCUCAGCGACGACCCUGGAAGACGAGAAUUUUUGGACGAUUUAUUCAGCUUCAUGCAAGGUCGUGGGAGCCCGAUAAAUCGAUUACCUAUAAUGGCAAAAUCAGUAUUGGAUCUUUAUGAACUUUUUAAUCUCGUGAUAGCACGCGGCGGAUUAGUUGAUGUUAUAAACAAAAAGCUUUGGCAGGAAAUCAUCAAGGGUCUUCAACUACCAUCUAGCAUCACUUCCGCCGCGUUUACUUUACGCACGCAAUACAUGAAAUAUCUUUACGAGUACGAAUGCGCUAGAAAAAAUUUAUCAACCCCUGCCGAAUUGAAAUUAGCAAUCGAUGGUAAUCGUCGGGAAGGACGUAGGAAUACUUAUGUACAAUUUCCAACCGGAUCCGGUAACGAUGGUCAAAGAAAUCAAUCAACACCAUUGUCAAUGCGUUCAAGAAUGUCACCUAAUGCGAUGCAAUUACAUCCACAAAUUUCACCACUUUCAUUGGUAACAGCGGCCGCAGUUACGUCAGCACAAUCCAUGGUCAAUGGUAAUUCGGUGCAUCCGUCUUUGGUGCAACAUUCCCAGAUAUCCCAACUUCCUCAAGGAUCAUUGAACCAUACACAAAAUAUAUCCCUUACGAGCGUAAAUGCGUCCGAAUUCGAAGCACGAAUGGCCGAAUAUUUUAGGAUGUAUCAUAGGGAAAAAUUUGUUGCAACGGGGUCGUCACCACCGAUAAUAUCUCAGCCAGGUAGUUCGACACCAACUACAACAACAAUACCCAUACCUUCAAACAUACAAAAUUACGAAACACUGCGUAAUAUUCAAGCUGUGUUUGGUAAUAAUAACACGAUUUACCCAGCAGCACUUGCGCAUCAUGCCUCUUUAUCACCACAAGCAUCACAAUCCUCGUUGCAACCUGUGCCAAGCCCAGAACCACAAAGAGAAGCAUUGGAUCUUGGAGUUAGGUCAUCAUCUGUAUGUUCCUCACCUUCUGUAGCCUGCGGACGAAGCCCUUUAUCUUCAACCAGCAUUUCACGAAAAAGGGAUUCGGAUUCAGUUACUUCUGGUAAAAAAAGGCGAUUAUCUGAAGUAGAUGAAUCUAUGGAAACGGUUCAACCCUCAACUUCGUCUACCUCAAAAAACAUUAAAAUUUCCACAGAAACUAACAACGAUGAUGGUUCAUUGAACGUCAGUCUUACAAUAGAAGAUGCAACUUAUCGAGGAGUCCUAUUCUUUGAUUCAGGAUCAAGAUCAAAAUCUGAUUCGUCUAGUUCUAACAGUCCACCAACGACUAAUGACAAAUAAUUGACAAGGAUACCAUAGUAUGAAUGAAUACUUUUAAAAAGUGACGAAAUAAUUGACGAUAAAAAAAUAAUAGCAGUCAAUAUGGAAAUAAGCAACCAACGUGACAUCGUUUACCAUCGAGUCCUAUUCAAGACGGUCAUUAUUAAAAAAAGAAAAAAAAAAUUCUACUACUACUACACUUCGUGAACUUUAACACUCUAUUAUUUUGUAAUGAAAAAUGGAAAAAGAAAAAGAAAAAAAAACUAAAGCAACGUCGGUGAGA